AUGGCUACCACCCCUGUUCUCUCGGCCAAGAUGGCCACCUUCCCAGAGCCACUGCACAAGAUGGCUACCACCCCUGUUCUCUCGGCCAAGAUGGACACCUUCCCAGAGCCACUGCACAAGAUGGCCGCCUUCCCAGAGCCACUGCACAAAAUGGCUACCACACCUGCAACUGCAGUAGAACCUCCGGCAUGGGUUUUAGUCAUGACAAAAAUCCCUCUGCCUGCCCAGUCUCGGCCACGGAAACUGAAGGAGUUGGCAGCCAUGCAGUCAAUAAAAGGCACAACUACUGGUAAUGAUUUAUUUAGAGAGGUAAAUGCAUGUUUGAACAUUUUAGGUUUGAAAUGGGACAAGCUUGCAGGUGUGACAACAGAUGGUUGUCCAAAUCUGACAGGGAAAAAUGUUGGACUUUUAAAGAGAAUGCAGGAUAAAGUCACGGAAAUUAACCCUGUUCAGAAAUUGACAUUUUUGCAUUGUAUCAUACAUCAGGAAGUGUUAUGUAAGACAGUGUUAAAAAUUAAACAUGUAAUUGAUGCUGUCACGAAGGCAAUUAAUUUCAUCAGAGCAAGGGCUUUAAAUCACAGACAAUUUGUUGCAUUGUUGGAGGAAAAUGAGACUGAACAUGGCGACAUAAGCUAUCACUGUACUGUUAGGUGGCUCAGCCUUGGCAAGGUAUUGAAAAGUGUCUGGGAUCUGAAAGACCAGAUUCAGGACUUCUGUGUUAAGAAAGGCCAUGACGUUCCAGAACUUUCAGAUAAAGACUGGGUGGCAGACCUCCGAUUCACUGUGGAUAUGACUGCACUAAUGAACGAACUAAAUAUCAAACUGCAGUGCAAAGGCCUUUUUGUGCAUGAGAUGUACAAUGCAGUGAAGGCUUUUAUAAGAAAACGGCAACUUCUCUCAAGCCAAGUGAAAGACAACAUUCUGACUCACUUGCCAACACUUAAAGAAGCCAAAAGACCAGGUGAUCACCUCCAAAAUGUGGAUGAUGCACCAAGUGAAGUUCAGAUGGAACUCAUUGAUCUGCAGUCUGACUCACUUCUGGCAGAUCACUUUAGGCUGCAGAGGAGCAAGGUGAAGCCGGGGGGAUGGAGGAGCCUGACAGAGCUGGAGGGAUGGAAGGAUGAGGUGAAGUUGGAGGAGUGGAAUCCCGAGGCAACGGAUGGUCGACGACAGACCAAGGUGGAGCCGGAGGGAUGA